CGCACACGAUGUGCACGAGGGGCCGGACGGCCUCCCUCUGGGUUCCACCUCUCCAGGAACAAGCUGCUUCAUGUGAUCGGAUCAGAAAGCUGCAAGGUCAAGAGUGCAUCCUGAGCAGAGGGACCUCUGACCGGAAACCCUUUCCUGGGGUCCCCAGGGAGAGGCAGAAAAGUCACACAACAGAGCAAGUCCUAGAAUGGUUGUUUGUUUCCCAAGAACAGCUGAAAGUCAGCAAGUCCUGGACAAAGCCUGGGAAAUUGAUGAACAUUUGGAAAAUCAGGACAAACUGGGAAGUAUGGCAAAAAGCCUUGAAUGUACUGCAUUUGGAAAACUAUGUUUUAGUACAGAUUACAUUUAUUCAAGACAAAAUCCUCAUAAAAGUGGGCUUAAUAAAAAGAGUUUGAAAGAUAAUAUAGAUUUCACUACUAAUUAUGAUGGGGAAAAUCCUAUUGGGUUUCCUGUACAUGGAGAAUCAUUCUUCAUUCUAAACGCGAGCAGACUUUUAUU